GAGCCGCCGCCUGGGCCCGCGCAGGGCGGGUCCGGGGCUCUCCAUGCUGCCGGCCCCAGGGCUGCGGAGCCGGCCGGGUGGCUACAGCGAUGGCGGCGGAAAAGGAGGCGGCGGCGGCGGCGAGAGGUAAACUGUUGAUUGAAGAGAACCAGUGCAUUUCUUCCAUGGUUUCGAGUCAUCUGAACCCAUGGACUAAGCCAACAGCUAUUGGAUCCUUCAGGCCACAUGUGACAGAGUUUCCAAGAAAACGAAAAGGGAGUGAUUCAGACCCAUCUCAAGAAGCGCAUAGCCAAACCGAAAAGCGGAGGAGAGAUAAAAUGAACAACCUGAUUGAAACACUGUCUGCGAUGAUCCCUCAGUGCCAUCCUGUGGCACGGAAGCUGGACAAACUGACAGUUUUAAGAAUGGCUGUUCAGCAUUUGAGAUCUUUAAAAGGUAUGGCAAAUUCUUAUAUGGGAAAUAAUUGUAGACCUUCAUUCAUUCAGGAUAAUGAGCUCAGACACCUGAUUCUUAAGACUGCAGAAGGCUUCCUAUUUGUUGUUGGAUGUGAAAGAGGAAAAAUCAUCUUCAUUUCUAAAUCAGUCUCCAAAAUACUUAACUAUGAUCAGGCUAGUUUGACCGGACAAAGCUUAUUUGACUUCUUACAUCCAAAAGAUGUUGCCAAAGUAAAAGAACAACUUUCCUCCUCUGAUAUUUCACCAAGAGAGAAGUUAAUGGAUGCUAAAACUGGUUUGCAAGUACACAGUAAUUUCCACACUGAAAGGAGUCGUGUGUAUUCUGGCUCAAGACGGUCCUUUUUCUGUCGAAUGAAGAGUUGUAAAAUUUCCGUCAAAGAAGAGCAUGAAUGCUUAUCCAACUCAAAGAAGAAAGAUUACAGAAAAUUCUGUACUGUUCACUGCACUGGUUACUUAAGGAGCUGGCCUCCGAAUAUUGUUGGAAUGGAAGAAGAAAGGGAUGCUAAGAAAGACAGUCGUAAUUUUACCUGCCUUGUUGCCAUUGGAAGAUUACAUCCAUAUAUUGUCCCACAGAACAGUGGAGAGAUUCAAGUGAAGCCAACUGAAUUUAUAACCCGUUUUGCAAUGAAUGGAAAAUUUGUCUAUGUUGAUCAAAGGGCAACAGCAAUUUUAGGAUAUCUGCCUCAGGAACUUUUAGGAACUUCUUGUUAUGAAUAUUUUCAUCAAGAUGACCAUAGUAAUUUGACCAACAAGCACAAAGCAGUUCUACAGAGUAAAGAGAAAAUAUUUACAGAUUCAUACAAAUUUCGAGCAAAAGAUGGCUCUUUCGUAACUUUAAAAAGCCAGUGGUUUAGUUUCACAAAUCCUUGGACCAAAGAACUGGAAUAUAUUGUGUCUGUCAACACUUUAGUUUUGGGACAUGGUGAGACUGGAAAAGCACCAUUGCUUUCUUGUAGCUGUCAAUCAUCAGAAGGAUCCUCUAGACAGUCCUGUAUUAAUGUGCCUGGAAUGUCUAUGGGGACAGUACUUGGUGCUGGUAGUAUUGGAACAGAUAUUGCAAGUGAACUUCUGGACUUACAAAGGUUACAGUCUUCAUCAUCCCCUGAUGAUUCAAGUCCAACAGAUUUAUUGAAAGAUACUCACACCAUAAACUGCAGGAAUAUGUCAAGUAAGGAGUUGACUACACUAAGUCAUUCUGAAAUAGGAGAGCAAGAGGCUACAAAGCAAAACCAGAGUGCUGUUGUUCCCCAUAGUCACGAACCACUCCUUGGAGAAGGUGCCCAGCUGGAUUUUGAUGCCCUCUGUGAUAACGAUGACACAGCCAUGGCUGCCUUCAUGAAUUACUUAGAAGCAGAGGGGGGCCUGGGAGACCCUGGAGACUUCAGCGACAUCCACUGGACCCUCUAGCAUUUGAUUUUUAACUCUAGCAAUGAGAAACAUUUUAAAGCAUUUCAUUUACAAAAGACCUUAUUCUACUGUACUGUAUUGUUACUAUUUUUAUCUUCUAUUCCUAAUCAUGUUCUACCAGUUUUUAUAUAUUUGAAACUGACUUUCACAGGGAUAGGGGGAAAUAUGAUUUUUCUCCUCCAAUUCUCAGAAUUUUCUAUAGACUACUUUACUCAUUGAAAUGGCUUAAAACCCACUAAUUGCUAUAUUUUUGCUAAAUCUUUCUAACCAAGAAUAUCACGUAUAUCUUGCUUUGGUUUUGCUUUAGUUUUUUGAUGCAGUUGUUUUGAGUUUGAAGAAUCUAAUGUACUGAUAUUUUCCUUGUGUCUCAAAUUCAUUUAUAAUUGAUUCAUAACAGAUUUGUGUAAUGUGGAACAUUUCCAUUCCUUGUAUAUUUCCUUAAUUGAGGGUAGGGCUUAGCCACUUUAAGAAAAUAAGUAAGUACUUGGACAUUUAAAGGGACAGUGCAAAUUUGUAGAGGUAACUACAAUGAAUACGGUAUUCAGUCUUUGUAAGCUUAAGCAAGCACAAGCCAGGGUAGUUAUGCUCAGUCGAGCACUUUGAGAUGGAUUUUAAGUAAGAUGAUUUCUUAUUUAAAACUUAAAAAAAAAAAAAAAAGCCAAGAGUUCAACUUUGCUUACUGAAAAGGGAAGAUCUCAGUGAUUAACUUUUGCAUGUAAAUUUUUCUCUCUUUUUUUAAAGAAUAUAACCACUCAAGAGUUUUAUUACAGAUAGAACAUGUUUUUGAUGCUGAAAAGGUAUUUAGCAAUGGGUUAGUCUUAGAGGAAGAAACAGGCCCAGGAAGAUUCAAUGCCUUGUGUAACAUCACUAUUAAGUUCUUGGGUCUUUUAAUGUUUAAUGUGUAUAAACCAGUUUCAUUAUACACAUUUGAGAAAGCAAUAGUCUUGCUGCUUAAAUGAUUAGUUAACUGACUUAGAAACUAGACAUUGGCUUUCUAAAUCAUUAGGCAGUCACAGUUACCAUUGCCUGUAACCAAAGGUAAUGAUAUAAACACAUGUUUAAAAUCAUGAGGCAAUGAGAAAAUUUCAAAACCAAUCUUCUAGCUGUAAUUAAAAAUCGAGAGCAUUUUUAAACCAAUAAUUAAUCUAGAGGUGGCUCAAACAGUGUAAGAAUUGAGGAUAUUUAAAAUACUGUAUGUACAUUUAUCUUUUUGAAGCUCAAACUUCCAUCAAACCUAUGGUUUUAAUAGUGCUUUCUAGUUUAUCGAGUGUGUUCCCAUAUAUUCUCUUUUGUGCCCCACAAAUGAAAGUAAGAUAGGCUAGGAGACUAAUGGGGAAAACCUGAGGGUCAGAUGUGGGGAUCAAAUUCAGUUUUCCUUUUCUACGUGGUGUUGUAACUCUCCAACAGAUUUCCCUUUGAGCCCCUCUCCACAACAAAGCAUUCUUUUGACCUUGCCUGUUUCCUCAGGCUGUAAGUAAUAAAUUUGAACUUGGAGAUUGCCUCAAUGGCAAUCACAGCAACAGGCAACAACCAAAAUCAAAAGUCCCUCCACUUUGACAUUGGCACUGCAAGGGCAAGGAUGUAUUGGCCCCUUGUCUUGAGCUGAUACAAUAUAUCAGCCAUGUCAAAGGGACAGUAUCACUCCUGGUUCUGACAUUUGAGGACUUGAGAGACAUCCAUGUUUAGAAGAAGCCAAAGAAACCCCAGAAGAUGGGAGAAGAUUGGUUUGCAGCAGCCUAAGCAUGAUAGUUAAGUCUGAAGAGGCAAGAACGAUCACAUCUGUUCUCCAAGUCGGGUAGAGAGAUCUGCCUCCAAAGGUUAGCACUUUAGGGGUCUGAACCACUGCAGGAUGGGCUAGAUCUCCAGAGUCAGCCUAAGCUAGUGACAGCAAGAUAGGUCACUGGGGCUACAUGACCUCCAAAGCAGGUGGGGCAAACCCUAAUGAAGUAAGGAUCUGAGAUGCAGAGUUUCUUGAAGUUGGCUAUUGCUGCUUGCAUAGUAGCAAUUCUCUCUCUUUGCAAGGGAAGGGGUCAUUCCAUAGACCUGUGGGCGGAAAGCCACUUGAAUGCUUGGAUCCCUUAGUAGCCCUCUCUGAUAUUUAUCUUCUCACCCUGGACCCAGAAUCCAAUCCAUGCGUUGUAAGAUAUUGUAGCUCUAAGUUCAAUGCUUUCUUCAAAAUGCAUUUGAUUGCUACUGGGAGUGCCGUAUUUUUAUGGUUUACACUAUAUUACUUUUUUUCUCUUACCAAUUAAUUGCUUGCAUUUUACUGAAAAAUAUCUACAAGUUUAAUGAAAAUAUCAUAAAAAGAAUACUCUAUUUUUAAUUCUAAGAAUUGCCUACAAUAAUAUAUUGGAGUAGGAGGAGUGCCUGGAAUCAGAAGAGCCCACUCAACCUAAAUGUAUCUGUGUGAGCUCAAGCAAGCCAUUUAACCUCUCUGUACCUGAGUUUCUUUAUAUGUAAAAAGAGGUUUGAUCUUUCAGUUUACUUCCAGUUCUGAUUCUGUGAUUCUAAUCCACGGGACUUGAACAUUAGACACUAGAAAUAUGUUGUCCUACAGUAUGAUAGCCACUGGCUACGUCAUCUAUUGAGCGCUUGAAACGUGGCCAAUACAUAUUGAGCUGGACUGUGAACAUAAAAUGCGUGCCAGAUUUAAGAGACUUAGUAUGAAAAAAAAUACAAAACAUCACAUUAGCAAUUUUACAUUGAUUACAUGUUCAAAUAAUAUUUUGGACAUAAUGAAACAUUACAAUUAAUUUUAAAAAUUUUCUAAUAUGGCUACUGGAAAGCUUUAAAUUACACAGGUGGCACACAUUAUAUUUCCACUCUAGAACAUUUUUUUAAACAAUGUUAUGGUUGCACUAGUGGCAUGUGGAAGUUCCUGGGCCAAGGAUUGAAUCUGAGCUGCAGCUGCAACCUGCGGCAAUGCUGGAUCCUUUUAACACACUGCACUAGGCCAGGGGUUUAACCUGUGCCUCCACUGCAAACCAAACCACUGCAGUCAGGUUCUUAAACUACUGUACCAUAGCGGGAAUUCCCUCCUCUAGAACAUUUUAAGUGGGUAUUAUUUAAGCAGACCAAAGGUUAUACAAUAAGUAUGCUAUUUACCUCUAAAUGCUAUCUAUGGUUUAAAGAACAUGAAUUCAUCCUUAAUUCAGUACAAAUACCUGUGAACCUCUAUCAACAUAUCACAUAUAAAAGUUUUUUGAAAUUAGUAAACUUGAAAAUGUUAGAUAUUUUAUUAGCCCGAAAUCAAAUGAAAGUUGAGGUAUGUGUUGACACUGUAUGGUAGUCACUAAAUUUGGAAAUCCACUGAGAAACAGAAAGACAAAUAGGAAGAUACAGAAUAAACUUUCAGUAAGUAAAUGGAAUUAAAGGAAGUAUCUAAUUAUAGUGUCACUAUGGGAAAAGGUGGUAUUCAUUGGUUGGUAAAAACUUUGAGGAAUUUCUGUGGAGUCCAGGGCACAGAUGUUUAAAAUAGCCACUCUCUAUGUAUCAUAUCAUGUUCAGUGAGUCCAGUUUCAGAUUCUGCUCUAAAGAGGAAUCUACCACUCAGUUAGGUCAUUGCUGGGCUCUGGAAUUAGAGACUCAGGUUUACCAAGCACAGUAUUGUGGGUACAGCGGGAUGCUCUAGAAUUAUCAGAAGCUUAAAGAAAACCUCCUGGGUGGCCACUAGGUGUCACUUUCCCAUCCCUAUAGUGCUUUGUUGUCAUUAGAUGAUUUUUUUUCCCCAAGUUCCAAGGAGAGGAAGAAAGGCAUUUAUGACUUUUGUGUCCAGAAUAAGUCUGCCUCUGUUUUUUAAGAAAUGCUUUUUAAGAAAAGUCUGGGGAGAUCCUUUCCACAUAAAAUAAGAAUUUUGGUUUAGAGAACUUUCCAGAUGUAGCUCCAAUAAAAGCUGACUUUAGAAAGAAAAUCCAUCCAUCCUAGAAUGAUGCUUUCUCAACUCAUUUGGGAGUGUUUGGUGUAUGUCAUUGCUCAUUCAAUCCUGAGUUUAGGUUUGCCUUUUUUUUUUUUUAAAGGGUUGCAUGUGUGGCAUAUGGAAGUUCCCAGGCUAGGGGUCAAAUCAGAGUUACCCACGUCUGCAGCCUACACCACAGCCCACAGCAACACUGGAUACUUAACCCACUGAACAAGACCAGGGAUUGAACCCACAUCCUCAUGGAUACUAGUCAGGUUUGUUACCACUGAGCCACAAUGGGCACUCCCUUAGGUUUGCCUUUUGUACAAUUUUUAGCUCUUUCUCAUUUCACUUGCUUUUGUCUGUAUGUUGGUAUUUUUUAAAUUUUUGUGGUAAAUAAUGAGUGAAAUUAAACUAUAUUUUAUAAUAA